CAAAUUUGCAUUUACACUGUCACAGAGUUCAAUCUUAAGCGGCAAAUGGUCAGAGCUCAGUUCAGUGCUGGAUGAAAUGUUUAUGACGUUGCCAUCAAUGCCACUGGUGAUGGCAAAGUCAAUGGCCGACGGACGCUUCCUGCGAUCAUGCGGGUAGUGAGUGGCACCACCGGUGGCAGGACAUUGUACCUGCGGCUUGCAUGGAUAGCCUCGUACAAUGCCCUACCCUCUGGCACGCACGUGGAUUUCCCCACCAUGAAUGCUUAGCAUUCCAGUUACCGCAUAAGAGGAAGCGGGCCGCUGUAUCGCCAGCUUUUAGCAAAAUGGGUGCGCACUGCGCAUUGGAUCAAAUCUUCAUUAAUUGGCUGCAGUGCCGAAUGACUGAUGCCAGAACGUACCAUGAGGGCAGCACCUCCUUUGCGGUGUGUGUUCGGAUUGACGGCAAAGUAUCUGGCAAAUCCCGGCAAUUCGAACACACUGUCGUUGAUUGGCGCUCGUGUUUCUGCAUUCCAGAAGGCGAUCUUGAGGGUGUCAUAGCUAUCUGGAUCUGGCAGCACUCUUGGAAUUGAGCCUGGGCCAGAGUCCAGAUUUGGAUAAG